GGGAACUUACAUCCUUUGGCGAUACAGAUCUCUCCAUAGUUACAAGCGGCUUUGAUGUUAAUAAGCUGAGUAGGGAGACUCAAGGGAUGUUAUGAAUCAGACAUUCUGUAACUCAUUUCCUUUCAACGUGAGUAGUUGGCGUCUCAUAUGAGCAAACGUAGGUAUGGACGAGAAUGCUACUCCAUAUCAUCUGAUUUCUAUUAGAUCAUAUAGUAUUCGAGUUCUUUGGCCAGCUUGCUCUUGGGAUUCUUUUUGAACCCCAUCCAUCAAUAGAACUGAUAUCUCUUAAAAUCACAAAAGCGAUCGACCAUAAGCACUUGCAUUCAAACUUGCUAUUCCUUUAUUCAAUUUAUUUAGUCAUUUCUAAUCAGGUUUCUGCUUUCUUUUCGGGUGUUCCUUCAAGUAAUAUCCGGAUUCUGCCCAGUCUACCAUGCCGGAGAUCUUUCGCCCGCGGAAUAAGAAGCUGCAGUAUCCCGAAUUGCAUGCGCAAUCUGCGCGAAAUCGUGAGCGUGAGCGUAGCGUUCCAUCCCAGGGCGUUGGGUCCAUAUCCCCGCUCGCACAACUCCCCAGUCCCAGCCUAGUGGCAGCACGAGCUUAUGCCUCACAAUGCCAAAAACCAAUCGGCUGGAAGUUUGAUGCCUGGUCGCGACAUAAUAGCUUAAUUCAAGCACAUCAAAUCCCCAGGAGGCACUCUACAAUGGUGACCCCGGCGAAAUGCACACGUUCAUUGGACAAAGCAUCUUCAAGUAUGAUCUCCCCCAAUUCGCCAUCAUCGCAGAUGGUUCCAGGGAUUCUACUUGCCAAUGAGAAGAUAGGAGAAUCUAAAACAUGCCUCAUCAUUCAAUCAAAAGAAUCAUCGGAUUUCAGCAUCUUCGAUAUUAGGCGGCAUUCUGAAGCACCAGCUUCUUCCACUUCAAUACAUCGUGUCCCGUUCGAGUAUACCCAUGAUCGCUUGCAGACUUGGGGUCACGUUUAUUUUGGAAAUAUUGUCACCGCCGAUGCUUUCGUUAAUGCAGUCAAUCUAAGGCGACCAAGCUUGGGAAUGAUAAAAGAACAGGAUGUGCACGAGUCCUUCGGGAUAUCGGAUCACGCGAUUAUACGUGCGAGGGUAUUGCCUAGAGAAAUCGAACGAAAGCCCUUUUGGAUUCAAAAAGAAGUUGACGUUCGAGAAUUACGAGACGGCAUACCAAUGCCUCAAUCCAAGCAAGACUAUUCACGGGAUCCAAUAAUCGUUAGAAGGUCUAGCAGGCUUCGACGGUUGUCUUUGCAGCAAAUUUCCAUCCAAGAUCGACGCGGGACCGCGCACCAUAUCAGACGUCAGAUCAAUCCCAAUCACGUGGCAGUGCCGAUUCACAUAGAAUAUGCUUUACAUUAUCUCCCAGUUUUGGCCGCUCUGAUGCUAUCGGGGCAUAUCCGUAAAGGUGAUUCCAUUGAUUUUCCUUUACCAAGCCCAGAAGCAUGGGUUGACACAAUCGCCUAUGUUUACACCGGCCAAGGGGAAAUUACACUGGCUAUAAGGGAAAACAUUUCAUUUCUAGCUGGUAGGGUAUAAAGAGAAGGCUGAUACUCUCACGCGGGUCUUUUGAACCAGGGUAGAACGGGACUACGAUCCGAUGGGACACAGCCUAGAAUUGGAAUAUCUCAAACGGAUCCUUGGGGAAUACACGUCGGGAUUUCAUGCAUAGCUGCGUGGGUUUGGUUCAGGCCACGUGGUGUACUGGUGAGGUACUUUUAAGGAUAUCACGCCGUGCAUUUGAUGGAGGAAGCUUAGUGACGACACAUCCGUUCAGGAUCUACAGUUUCUUACCAAAAUGCGACAGUAAGCACUUUAUUGCGAUCUACGACACUCUGUACUUGAAACAGGAUAAAGCCCUUUCCUUCAAUACUACUCACACCUGAUAUUUCAAAGCUUCAUGGGAAAGUCAUUGGUCUUGAUCAUCGACGGAGGGAGUUUCAAUUACUCCGUAACGUGAUUGAGCAACUAGGACCGAGACUCCAUGCGCGACCAUUUUCCUAUGUGGCAUGGAUGAAAUACAUGACGCUAUUGACGGCCAAGGUACAUAAAUAUGAGCAAGGAUUAUUAAAAUCUCAAUUUACGACCGUUGACCGAGAAAGGCGCGAUAAGGAAGGAAUUCAGGAUUUUUGACUCGCAUUGUCGAGUCAUGAAGCCGUGAAUCGGUAAACUGACAUUUUGUUCGGCGAGGUAAUUGUGCUUGAUUGACCGAAGAGCCGAUGGCUCUCUUAGCAGGUCUUGUCUUUCCAAUGACCUAAUUCAAUCAUCAAAGACC